CCGUCCGUCGUAGCGCUUUCCACCUGGAACCAACCCGGUUGGUGUUUUCUUGAAUUUGGAUUCUUUUAUUAGGGUUCCUGCGACCUUCUUCUUCAUCCCACUCCUUCACACAGACAUCUGUCCUUAUCACUUUUUCCUCAGCUUCUCCUUACCUUGGGGGGUUUUUUAUUUUGUCUGUUUCAUCUUUGCUUCCUCUGUCAAUUACUCAAUUGUUGUCUGGGAUAUAAAGAGAAGCUGUUGAUCGAGGAAAUUCCAGAUUGAUUGGAUCACUAACUUAGGUCCAUCUAUCAAUAGAAGCGUCAAGUAUUACACCCUUCGUAUAGCCCCUUGUCACACUUCCUUCAAGAUGAAUUGCCAAUAUGGAGAAAAUCACGAUGAAUUGACUGUGGUGGGGUUUGAAGUUCCGAGAUCCCCGGAUUCAAGCUACAACAAUGUGUACCGUGGGAGCGAAGACGAGGGGCGGGACCCACCUUUAUUCCCUCCGCAUCUCCACCAGACCGUCCUAAACGACCCUACAAAAGGUGAUCAAUCCUCUCCUCCACUCCCUUCGCCGCAGAACGUGGUCCUAAACCACCUUUACAUUGAGAACAACAACAGAGAGACACCAAGAACCGUUGUGGCGCUAGGUUCAACCCACCGGUUCCGUUCAAAAUACGUCACCGUUGUGCUUUACAAACCAAUCCCAAGAAGGGUAGGCGGCGGUGCCGCCGCCUAAAAUGAAGUUGUUUUAUAAUUUAAAAUUUUUUUAGAUUGCACAAUUCCAUCUUUAGUUUUUGUGUAUAUAUUCAUUUUAACUUUGAUAAGUUUUUUUUUUGUAUGUUGUAUUUGGAGAUUUGCUAGAUGCACCAAACUUUAAUGGUACAUCUAUUAUGGUCGCACACCACAUUCUCUUUUGAAAUCUUUUUCUUUACUAUUCACAUGAUUAAAUUAUGCUUAAUAAAUUAUGCUUCCUAUG